AUGGAACCGCUCACAUUAAAACCUCGUCAACCCGUCGAGGACAAUAUCGAAAACUGGGAUGAUGACGAGGACUUUCUCAUCGACAAUGAUGACCUCACUUUUCGCAGCUCCUCGUCCAUGACAAACUCCCAUUCUCAUCGCAGGGAUAGUCUAUCUUCGCUCCGCUCAGACCGAGAGUCAUUAGGUGGCAGAGAAGAACGGCAUGUUCUGUUACCCGAUACCGAUGAGAAAUCCACUCUGGAUGCCAUUGCUGCCGCUGCGCAUGCCGGUAUUCCCCUUCCCACCAAUGUCCCUUCCUCUGCUUUGAUGGGGGGCACUAUUAAGCGGCUUGGUGGCCGCAAAGUCAAGAAGAUCUUCCAGGAAGAUUGGGGCGAUGACCUCGAGCUGCCUGAUUCUGGUCAUGCGCUGCGCGUAAAGCCCCAGGAUCCAGCCAAAUUCCCUGAAGCCAUUCGUCAAGUGAGCGGCUCAAGCCUGAUUAGCCCUCUGAAGCUCUCGUUAGCUGCCUCUCCUAUGGAGAAGAGCCCCGCCCAGAUGAAGAUAACGCCAUCGGCGAGUCCACUCAAUCUGGACAGAUUCCGCGAUGCGGAAGGCGACAACGACGACGUUUUUGGAGAAGGCGCUGCAACCAUCAAAGCACCCAAGUUACGUCUUCAAGCGAAGCCUAUCUCGCUUAUCACGCCUCCUACUCCACGAAAGCAAGCAGAGGAAGAUGAGUUCGAGAUAGAUUUUGAACUUCCUUCCGAUGGAAAACUCGAACUCUCAAAGAGGAAAGACAUUCCUAAGACCCCGCUGGUGACCGCCAGCGACGACUUCGACUGGGGAGAGGGCAGCCUUGGAACCAGGUUUGGUGGUACAGGCCGGGGUCCGUUCUCUGCUCGGAGCUCCUCAGUCUCCGCACUUAGCCCGAGUAUUGCAAGCUCAAUCACCGCGGAGAGUGAGGACGAACAUUUGGAUGGGCUGGAGCUACCCGUUGGCCCUCUAGAUCUUGGAGAACGGCUGAACCGCAGAAGAGUCUCCAAGUCGCCAGAACGGUCUGUGGUCGAGACCAUCACAUCUGCAGAGAAGCAGAAGGCUUCGGCACUAGCUGCCGCCGAGAAAGAGGACUUUCUCGCUGAUCUCGAUAUUGGUGAUGGCGAUGUCUUCAGCUCCGCCCGGCCCACACUGCACCGCAAUGUUAAGGUGAAGGAGACAAAGCCCAACAGCCCAGUGCGACCGAAGACUGCGGUCUCCAUCACGUUCGGCAACAAACCUGCCUUAGCUUCGCAGACCUCGCGUUUACCUCGACCGAUGUCCGGGCACGAACGUACCCAUGCGCAACCAUCAUUAGAACCCGUGUCGGAGAGCGGCGGACCUAUCGCAACGCGUCCUUCGAGGAGGUCUCAGUCUCGACUCAGCGGCCAUUCUGCACACUCCUCAAUAUCGAGCAUUCAUACCCCAACGACGCCAACUGCGUCGGCUGCAUUCCAACAGUCUACACCUUCACGAAGGCGUGAGCUUGGGCAGAAGGCAUCGAUAGGUGCCCUGCGACCAGAACCUACCACGACUAGUGCCCAACUUCUGCGACUUAAGAGGUCUCUGCCAGUUUUGCGCCCAGGUCAGUCACCAACAAAGCCACCGACGCUUACAUCGUCAACCUCGGCUUCUCGGGUUGACCGUCCGCCGUCGCGAGGAGACUCCGGACGGCCGCUCUCUUUUCUGCGACCACGGACACCGGUUGACCGUAGUCGCCCUACCCACGAAAGUAGCGCCGCGAUCAGCAGAAAAUCACAAGCGCCAUACGGGAAUAUCGGUGCGUCGCAGUCACAAACUGCACUCCACGGGAAAUCCUCCCGCACCCUGCGCCGACAUGACUCGGACCUUGGCCCCGAGUUCCGGCCCAUGUCGCGUACAGCUUCUCGGAGCAUGAUGCGAUCACCUAGCCCCAGACGAGCACGUCAUGAGAAGCACUCGUCCGAACCUAGCUGGUCGCAAUUGAGCAAGCCACGGAGAGCAAGGGCUUUUGGGGACGGGCACGAACUUGAUGCGUUCGAUGACCUUCCCACCUCUGCACAUGCAGAGUCGAAAUUUACCAAGCCGGCCGUGGGUUUUGGCAGCAGGGGAAGCAUUCGCAACAAGAUCUAUCAAAACGUUCUUCCUGAUAGAAACACACCUAGCCCUGUAUCACCGUACUCUCCACUCCGUCAUGACCACACACCGCACUUUGCACGCGACACCGCUGCUAGCCGCAAUGCUCGUGAGGCGAACCUGGCGCAGCGAGCUUCCCCGGCGGCUCCUCUUGCUCCACUCACCACUCAGCGAGUCGCGCAGCUCACUUCGAGGACGAUCCACGAACGAAAUCUUCCUGUUUCCCCCCACGCGCACACUUUGCGGCCAAAAAAGACACGCAAGCCGCCGCAGCUGAAACCCCAUCUGAUCUCAAAUCUGACUGGGGCCAAGGAAACAAAAGUGGUCAAUGGCAUGACAUACAACCCGGUGACCUUCCGUUGGGAAGGGAACGAGAACGCCCUUAGUGCAUUCAACCUUCCAGCAUCAUCGCCACUGGCGAUCUCUGUCCCGCCACACUCAGCACGCGAGAAGGAGACAUUGACGCCAGGUCCUGUGCUCAUCAAGGACAUAAGCUCGAGCAAGAUGCGGAAGCAGGUCGGAGACAUGGUCUUUGACCCUCAGAAUAUGUGCUGGAUCAAGGUCCAGUCGGAACAAAACACACCCACACCCCGAUCUAGCGAUCCACUAGAUGGGUUCCAGGUCAUCGAAGACGAGGACCCGUUCAAGGACAUCCCUGACCUAGAAGAGAAAGAAGCAUCGUCGGGCAACGUCACUAGAGGUCGGGUCAGCGACGUCAACGAUGAAUGGAUGGUUGGAGAAGAAUUUGAUGUUGGCCCCGAGUUCAUCCGGCGCCAGCGCGAAGAGGAAGACAGGUGGCGCAAGAAGUGCGAGAAGUGGGUGAGUGCAUCGACACGCGACCAGGACGCUUGGAGAUGGGCAAUUCGCGACAUCAUCUCGAGCGGCUAA